UAUUCACGCUUUCCAGCGAGUGGGUUAAAAAAGAGAGAGAGAUAUGGUCUCUCCCUUCCCCUGUUAUAAUUAGGGCAUAGUCCUUCUUGGCUCAGAAUUGGAGUUUCCAGAUGGACAGAAAAGUCUUUCCAUCUUUGCCUUGACCCUGAAGAGUAGCGUCUUGAGAGACACACCUAAGAGGAGAAGUCCUGGAAUGCAAACUGCAGAACUGAACCAAGAGAAAGGAAAGAAGUAGUGGCUAUCCUGGGCAAUUUGCAGUCAAAUUCAAAUCAUUUUUCAAUUGCUGGAGGAGGUUUUGGAGAGAGGUGAGCUCAGAACCUGACAGAAGUCCUGCAAGAAGUCCGUUUUCUCCUGUUCCGGGUCUGGACAAAUCUGAAUCUAACUCUGUGGCAUCUGCAGUCACUCCAGUUGCUCCAAUUCCAAGAGUGACAAGAGGAACUGAGAACUUCAGGUGUGGCAAAUACUUCAAGAAGGAGCUGUGAAGCCCAGGCCUCAGAAGCAGAGCGUGGCUCCCGUGACCUGCCGGGGACUGGAUGUGCCCUGUGUCCCUGCAGGGGCCGGAGAGAGCAUGAGAGGUGUCCACCACCAGGGUUCUGCCCAGGGCUUUGCAGGGAGGGUCGUUGAAUGGCUGGCGUUUGACAACAUGCAGCACCAGUGGCUUCUGCUGGCCGCCUGUUUUUGGGUGAUCUUCAUGUUCAUGGUGGCGAGCAAGUUCAUCACGCUGACCUUUAAAGACCCAGAUGUGUACAGCGCCAAGCACGAGCUUCUGCUCCUGACAACCAUGCCAGAGGCGGGGAAGUUGCCGGAAGAGACGCGUGUUCCUGAGGAACUGAAGCCGACCGGAAGGAUGCUGUCUGGCAGCCGGCUGGCCCAGCCCCUGGUCUACAUGGAGCGUCUGGAACUCGUCAGAAACGUCUGCAGGGACGAAGCACUGAAGAACCUCUCACAUACUGCGAUCUCCAAGUUUGUUCUGGACCGAAUAUUUGUCUGCGACAAGCACAAAAUUCUUUUCUGCCAGACUCCAAAAGUGGGCAACACCCAGUGGAAGAAAGUGCUGAUCGUCUUAAACGGUUUGCAGCAUGAAGCAGCCUCUUUUAAAGAAGUAAACACCUGCUCACAAGGUCAGGGUAAACAUGGGAGCAGGUGUCCCAGAAACAGGAGCAGUCCCUGCGGCUGUCUUCAGCCGUGCCCAGGUGCACCUGAACCACGGGCAGGAGCAUUUUCUUCCAUUGAAGAGAUCCCUGAAAAUGUGGUUCACGACCAUGAGAAGAAUGGCCUCCCGCGUCUGUCUUCCUUCAGCGAUGCAGAGAUUCAGAAGCGAUUGAAAACAUACUUCAAGUUUUUCAUUGUCAGAGAUCCCUUUGAAAGGCUUAUUUCUGCCUUCAAGGAUAAGUUUGUGCACAACCCUCGGUUCGAGCCCUGGUACAAGCUCGAGAUCGCCCCCGGCAUCAUCAGAAAAUACCGCAGGAACCGCACGGAGACCAGGGGCAUCCAGUUCGAGGACUUUGUGCGUUACCUGGGCGAUCCGAACCACAGGUGGCUCGACCUCCAGUUCGGGGACCACGUCAUCCACUGGCUGCCCUACGCGGAGCUCUGUGCCCCCUGCGAGAUCACGUACAGCAUCAUCGGGCACCACGAGACCCUGGAGGAGGACGCCCCCCACAUCUUGAGGGAGGCUGGGGUCGAUCACCUGGUGACGUACCCGACCAUCCCGCCGGGCAUCACCGCCUACAACAGGACCAAGGUGGAGCGCUACUUCCUGGGCAUCAGCAAGCGGGACAUCCGGCGCCUGUACGCACGCUUCCAAGGGGACUUCAAGCUCUUUGGGUAUCAGAAGCCAGAGUUUUUGCUAAACUGAUGCCCAGGACCUGUGUGUUUGAAUAUCUUUGCUGGACCCGGAGCUAACCAGGUGGAGAGCCGAGUGCAGACGUGAUGUCCCCUCGAUGACAUUUUUUAAGACGCCCGCAGCUGCCGGGGAUGGGUCAGUGCCUAGCUGGUGCUUCAGCUUGCGCAUUUGGACCCUGACGGUGACUGCCCAGUAUGGACGUGAGGUGCACUGAAGAGCCCCCCACCCCCAGCCCCACCGGCUUCCUGAGGGGCCACCUGCUUUUCAGUCACCUUGGAGGGUAAGAGCCUAAAGAUUCACAGGCUGACAAACUGGAGGAAGGGUCCCAGAGCCUUAGGAGUCCUUCUCCCCAGCCGUCCACAGGGAGCCCCCCCACUCGACUGAAGCCUCGCUCCGUGGUCAGGAGGGUGUCGUCUCAGAGAACCCCAGGAGCAGCUCCCAGCACGCCCAGGAGGAAAGGAGGAGCUAACGGACUGCAGAGAUUGCAGGGGCUACUCCGGGACCAAGUUUGAGUACUAAACUGUACCUCUGGCUUUCGUUUUGGCGCUGCUGUACUCACGGAGGCAAACUGUGUUUUUUCCAUGAUUUUUUUCCUGUGAAAUUUAGUGAUGACCAAAGGGCAGUCUCAGGCCAUCCAUCUUUUCAGAACACAUAACCUGUGCUACGCUAGCUCAGAUUUCCAAACCUGUCUGCCAAGCAAGUCCCAUCAGCCCAAGAGAUACCGUUUUGGAAAGUAAGGAGGGGGUGUAAAUUCUUUCCACCUGAGAAAGGAACACUUUUGGGGGUCUUAAGGGGCACGUGGUACAAUGACACGGUGACCUGGUUAGCCCCGGAUGCCCAGUCUGCUGUGGAUUUGGCACGUCCAUCCUGACUGUGGUCUGGCCUCUUGUCGCUGUCCCCUAGGUGGGGGAGCAGGGGCGUUCCCCACCCCUGUCCCCCAGGGUGGGAGGCAAGCAGGGGCACCAUGCCAGCCCAGUGGAAGUCAAUACAGCUUACACGUCUCAGUUUCCUUCAUCUCAGUGAGCUGCUCAGCCCUGGGCCAUAUGGCUGGAGGUUGGCUCAUUGAGCUCACCAGCAAUAAAAUCCUGGGCCGAGGCAGCCCCCAGUGACGUUCCCCGACAGUGCAGGCCCCCGAGAUGUGGGGGAGUCCCAGGGAAAAGUCCCUAGUGCCCAGCUCUGAGCACGUGCAGCACAGACGAGCCCAGGGACUUUCUUCCGGGCAGCCCCCACCUCCUUGCAAAGUGGCAGUGGGAAGAGAAGCUUCCUGAGUUUGUAAAUGUGAAAGUCAAAUAAAAUUUAAAACGUGUGCCAAACCUGACAUGUGCUGCAGCUUCAGAGAAAGGUGCACCAAGGCUGCAGGUGACAGACCUCCUCCAGGAAGCGCAGCAGCCCUGACGGAGCAGCCAUUGGUGCCGUAGCCUUGAGUCCCCAGCGGACACACCAAGGAUGGGACACAAGUUGUUUUUAUGUCAAGUUUUACACGAGCCUUGUUAAAAUCAUUUCGGACCUGGUGAGCUGACUGAUAACCUCUUUCCCAUUUGAAAUGUAACAGUGUGAAUACUGUAUGUGAAUUUAAGGCCUUACAGUUAGUCCUAAUUAAAAAAAAAAAUAGCAUUUUCUCUCCCGAACAAAAAGGUGGGCCACCUGUUGUUUAUUA